AUGAUCUGCUACUUCCUCCUGGUUUAUUAUUUGUCAAGUGCAGCAUGCUCAGAGCUGCUGAGUCGUCACAGAAGGACUUGGAUCAUUGACUCCUUCACAAUCGAGGAGGGGCAUCCAGGACCCUUCCCUUAUGAGCUGGGCACGAUCAGUAUUGAGCGGGACCAUCGAGUAUACUUUGAUCUCUAUGGGGAAGGAGUGGAUGAGGAUCCAAAGGGUGUCCUCUCCAUUGAUAAAGAGUCUGGAAUCUUGUCUAUCCACAGGCCUGUGGACUAUGAGGAGAAGAAGUUGCUAAAGCUGAGCUUUGAGGCCAGAAAGUCAGAUUUAUCUAUUGAAACUAAAUUAGGAAUUGAGAUUUCCAUACUGGACAUCAACGACAACCCACCGCGCUUUCAGAUGGAUCUGUAUGAAAUCAGAAUUGAUGAGGAAAACACACAAGGCUCCAAUCUCCUGACUGUGGUGGCCUAUGACAGAGACGAGGCAGGGUCACCAAACUCCACAUUCCACUAUGAAAUCAAAUCUGUGUCUCCAAACACUCCAGACACUGAAUUCUUCAUUAAUGAGUUUGGAACAAUUUCAUUUAAAGGAUGUUUGGAUCAUGAGGUGGCUGAAAUGUUCACAAUACUGGUGGAGGCCAAAGACCACGGGGAAGUAGUCAGCCUGUCAAGUUCAACCACUGUCAUCAUUCAUGUGCAGGACGGCAACAACCACCUCCCAAUCAUCAGCGGACAAACGGGCACCAGCAGAGUGAAGGAGGACGAGACUGGGUCUUCUCCUCUGCGUCUGCAAGCGACCGACAAAGACACCCUGAAUAGCCCGGCGUGGAGAGCCAGGUACACCAUACAGGGUGACGAGGGGGAGCACUUUAAGGUUGAAACAGACUCAGAUACCAAUGAUGGAAUCCUGACAGUAGUAAAACCUUUAGACUUUGAGGAAGGAGUGCAGAGGGAACUGUCCAUCUCCGUUGAAAAUGAGGCGCCAUAUUUCUUCUGCAAAGUGAAGGAGAGGACGUCCUCAGGCCUCUGGACAGUAGAGACCAGUAAAGUGGAUGAACCUCACACUGUGAAAGUCAUCAUCACAGUAGAGGACAUCAAUGACCCCCCAGUGUUCAGUGUGACUGUCAAAGAGGCCAUGCUGGAGGAGAACGCACCCAUUGGAACCUGGGUAGAGAGAGUGACUGCAUUUGAUCCUGACUCAAGUCAUGCAAAAGAUUUUGUGUACACGAUAGGAAGUGAUCCUGCUGGCUGGGUGGCAGUCGACCCCCACGCAGGCGACAUCACAACAGUCAAAACACCGGACAGAGAAUCUCCUCAUGUUGUUAAUGGCGUCUACACCAUCUUACUGCAUGCAGUGGAUAAUGGGAAUCCACCUCAAACAGGCACAGCUACACUGCAAAUCCAUGUGACUGACCAGAAUGACAACGUGCCGCAGCCAACAGUUCAACACAUGGAUGUGUGUGUGUCCGACAGCCCCACUACCACCAACAUCACAGCCUUUGACCUGGAUGAAAAUCCCUUCGGAGGGCCUUUCACAUUUGAGCUGCUGGGAGAUGUCAAAGGAAAAUGGAAACUGAAUCCCUCAUAUGGUUACACAGCUGGUCUGGUGAAGGAACCCGGUGUGUAUGCCGGACCACACACAAUUAAUGUGAAGAUCUCUGACCUGCAGGGGGAGUAUGGCGUUUACAACCUCAGUGUGACCGUGUGUGACUGCUCUGCAAUGGCCAACUGCCGAACCCGCCGAGAGGCCGCCACGAGAGCUGCCUCUGGUGCUGUAGGCGUGGUGUUUGCCUCUCUGUUCUUACUCCUGUUUCUGCUGCUGAUGGCCGUCACCAUCUCCUGCAAAAAACACUUCACUAUGGUGCAGACGGAUUCAUCUGGAGAAACCCUCCUCAUAUCAAACACGGAGAAACCAGGAACAGACUGCAAGGUGCCUGACGGUGUCCUGGCAGUGUCCCCUGACAAGAAGCACCCUGAUCCAUCUCACUGGCAAACUAUGCAUGAUGGGAUGCAACACACCAUCUUUUCAAAUGAGACAAGCUGGUGUUCUUCUAUGACCAGUGACUUCCAACACACACACCAGUUUGAGGACAUGAGCACAAUGAAUUUCCUCAACAAAAGGAACUCCACCUAUGCGUCAGAUGUGACUCUUCUCACUCUGCUUCAUCGGAGGCUCUCCUCCCUCCAGGAGACAGAGGAUGAGCUGCUGGACUAUGAGCCUCACCUGUACGCAGAGGAGGGGGACUCGGAUCACCUCUCAGAGCUGGAGAGCAUCACCAUUCCUGAUGUGGAUUCACUCCAGAAAACACUAGAAUACUUGGGCCCCAAAUUCAGGCAACUGGCUUCCAUUUGCAGGCCACCGCAUAUUCAAAACUGA